AUGGAUCCACGGAGUCCCCGUCCCGUCCUGUCCGCGGCGGUCCUCCACUUUCUACUUUUAGGAUUUACUGCUGGACAAUUCUUCCCAGGCGGCUGCACCUUCGAGGAGUCCUACAGCGGCUGUGGAUACAGCGUUUCUCUUGGAACCAACGGCUUCACCUGGGAACAGGUGAACUCCUGGGAGAACCCCAGCAUGGACCCCGCCCUGCCCACCGGCUCCUUCUUGGGGGUGAACGCGUCGGGCCGGGCGUCGGGCCAGAAGGCCGAACUCUUCAUGCCGAGCCUGAAGGAGAACGACACACACUGCAUCGACUUCCUGUACUCGCUGUCCAGCCGGGACGGGGCGAGCCCCGGGACCCUGAACGUCUACAUCAAGGUGAAUGGAGGAGCUCAAGGGAACCCGGUGUGGAACGCCUCCGACACGCUGACUGAAGGCUGGGUGAAGGCGGAGCUCGCCAUCUCCACCUUCUGGCCCAACUCCUACCAGGUAAUAUUUGAAGCCGUUUCAGUUCAAGGUCAUCAUGGUUUCAUCGCCAUCGACGACAUUCGAGUUCUAGCUCACCCGUGUCGUAAAGCUCCUCACUUCCUGCGCCUGCAGAACGUGGAGGUCAACGUGGGUCAGAAUGCAACGUUUCAGUGCACGGCCGGAGGGAAAUGGUCUCAGCACGAUAAGCUCUGGCUGCAGCAGUGGAACGGCAGAGACUCGGCGCUUAUGGUGACCCGGGUCGUGAACCACCGGCGGUUCUCCGCGACCGUCAGCGUCGGCGACACGUCGCAGCGAAGCACGAGCCGCUACCGCUGCGUCAUCCGGUCGGACGGCGGGUCGGGGGUCUCCAACUACGCCGACCUCAUCGUUAAAGCUCCGCCGACCCCCAUCGCUCCGCCGGAGCUUCUGGCCGUCGGUGCCACCUACCUUUGGAUCAAACCCAACGCCAACAGCAUCAUCGGAGACGGGCCGAUCAUCCUGAAGGAGGUGGAGUACCGAACCACGUCAGGUAACUGGGCGGAGACCCACGUGGUGGACUCCCCCACCUAUAAACUGUGGCAUUUGGAUCCCGAUGUGGAGUACGAGAUAAAGGUCCUGCUCUCCAGACCCGGGGAGGGAGGAACUGGACCGCCGGGCCCGCCGCUGGUCACAAGGACCAAAUGUGCAGACCCGGUCCACGGCCCUCAGAGCGUGGACGUGGUGGACGUGCGGGCGCGCCAGCUGACGGUCCAGUGGGAGACGUUCGGCUACGCGGUGACUCGCUGCCACAGCUACAACCUCACGGUGCAGUACCAGUAUGUGUUCAACCAGCAGGAGUUUGCAGCCGAGGAGCUGAUCCAGACCUCCUCCCACUACACCCUGAGGGGCCUGAGGCCCUUCGUCACCGUCAGGCUGCGUCUGGUUCUCGCCAACGCCGAAGGCAGCAAGGAGAGCGAGGAGAUCGUCAAGCAGACGGAGGAGGACGUACCCGCCUCAGUGCCCAUGGAGUCUCUACAGAAUUCGCCUUAUGAAGAGAAGAUCUUCAUUCAAUGGAAAGCUCCCAACGAGACCAACGGGGUCAUCACUCUCUACGAGAUCACCUACAAAGCGCUGAGCUCCUUGGACCCCAGCGCCGACCUCACGACCCAGAGGGGCCGGGUGUUCAAGCUGAGGAACGAGACCCACCACCUGUUCGUGGGCCUCGACCCGGGAACCACCUACUUCUUCACCAUCAAAGCCUCCACCAACAAGGGCUUCGGCCCGCCCAUCACCACCCGCAUCUCCACCAAGAUAUCAGCCCCGAUGAUGCCAGAGUACGAGUCUGAGGCUCCACUGAACGAGACAGAGACCACCAUCACCAUCCUGCUAAAGCCCGCCCACUCACGAGGAGCACCAAUCAGCUCCUACCAGCUCGUCGUGAAGGAGGAGCGUAAGUCCAAGACCCGGCGCGCCGCCCCCGAGUGUUUCUCCGCCCCCGUGAGCUUCCGUAACGCCACGGCGCUGGACUCCUCCUACUACAUGGCGGCCGACCUGCCCCCCUCCAGCCUCAGCGCGGCGCAGCCCUUCACGGUGGGCGACAACAAGAGCUACGGAGGCUUCUGGAACCCGCCGCUGUCCUCGGCCAAGAGCUACAGCAUCUACUACCAGGCCAUGAGCAGAGCCAACGGGGAAACCAAAAUCAACUGCGUCCACUUGGCGAACAAAGUGGUAAUAGGUAGGGGACAAAUAACAACGCCGUACAUUGUAGUCAUCCCGAGCGAAGGAGCGUCCACACAGGACUCGGAUGCGAUGGAGCCGGAGAAGCAGGUGGACGGCACCGUGAAAAUGGCCGGUGUGAUCGCGGGCAUCCUCAUGUUCGUCAUCAUCCUCCUGGGCGUCGUCCUCACCUUCAAGCGCAGAGAGAUUCACACAUGGAGAACUCUGAGCGUGGGGAAGUUGGCCAAGAAGCAGAAGGAGACGGCCAGCGGCUCCACCCAGCAGAGGGAGAUGGGCCCGGUCACCACGGCCGACAAGAGCACCACUAAAGUCAGCACGCUGCACAAAGACGACCCGUUCUCCACCUCCACCUCGUCCACCCAGGACCUCAACGGGUUCACUGCUCCCUCUCCUUGUUCCUUCUCUGUGCAAGGAGGCAAAACGCUGCAGAGCAAAUCUGUGCUGAACUCCUACUACUCAGUCUCCAAAGAGCCGGUUCCAGCCACGACCUCCAUCGACAGCAGCCAGCCGUCGCUCGCCCAGCCCUCUCUGACUCUGCAGAGCUUCCCCUACGGAGGCUGUGAGUCUGUGGAGCUCUCCUACCAGAGUGGUCAGUUCCAGCCAGCGAUUCGAGUGGCAGAUCUCCUCCAGCACAUCACGCAGAUGAAGUGUGGCCAAGGCUACGGCUUCAAGGAGGAGUACGAGGCCUUGGCGGAGGGACAGACGGCACCCUGGGAAACGGCGAAGAAGGACGAGAACCGCAACAAGAAUCGCUAUGGAAACAUCAUCGCUUACCCCACAGACGAUCACACAAGAGUCCGACUGCAGCUGCUGGAUGGAGACCCCCACUCCGACUACAUCAAUGCUAAUUAUAUUGACGGCUACCAUCGACCCAGACAUUACAUCGCCACACAAGGGCCUAUGCAGGAGACUGUGAGGGAUUUCUGGAGGAUGGUCUGGCAGGAAAACUCUGCCUCUAUCGUCAUGGUUACCAACCUGGUGGAGGUGGGCAGGGUGAAGUGUGUGCGCUACUGGCCCGAUGAGACGGAGGUGUACGGUGACCUCAAGGUGACCUUGAUAGAAACGGAACCGCUGGCUGAGUACGUCAUCCGGACCUUCACCGUCCAGAAGAAGGGUCACCACGAGAUCCGAGAGCUCCGGCAGUUUCACUUCACCAGCUGGCCGGACCACGGGGUCCCCUGUUACGCAACAGGGCUGCUGGGCUUCAUCCGGCAGGUCAAGUUCCUCAACCCGCCUGAUGCCGGGCCCAUCGUGGCCCACUGCAGUGCCGGAGCGGGCCGGACGGGCUGCUUCAUCGCCGUGGACAUCAUGCUGGACAUGGCGGAGAACGAGGGUGUGGUCGACAUCUUCAACUGUAUCCGAGAGCUGCGGUCGCAACGAGUCAACAUGGUGCAGACGGAGGAGCAGUACGUGUUUGUCCACGACGCCAUCCUGGAGGCGUGUCUCUGUGGGAACACGGCCAUCCCAGUGUGUGAGUUCAGAGCCGUCUACUACAACAUCAGCAGGCUGGACCCUCAGACCAACUCCAGCCAGAUUAAAGACGAGUUCCAGACGCUGAACAUAGUGACCCCUAGAGUCCGCCCGGAGGACUGCAGCGUGGGUUUGCUCCCCAGGAACCACGACAAGAACCGCAGCAUGGACGUUCUGUCCGCCGACCGCUGCCUGCCUUUCCUCAUCUCUGUGGACGGAGAGAGCUCCAACUACAUCAACGCUGCGCUGAUGGACAGCCACAAGCAGCCGGCGGCCUUCAUCGUUACCCAGCAUGCUUUGCCAAACACCAUGGGCGACUUCUGGAGGCUGGUGUUCGACUACAACUGCUCCUCCAUCGUGAUGCUGAACGAGAUGGACGCAGCACAGUUGUGUAUGCAGUACUGGCCAGAAAAGAGUUCCUGUUGCUACGGUCCCAUUCAAGUUGAAUUCAUAUCAGCAGAUAUUGAUGAAGACAUCAUCAACCGGAUCUUCAGGAUCUGCAAUAUGGCCAGGCCACAGGACGGUUACCGCCUGGUGCAGCACUUUCAGUUCAUUGGCUGGCCGGCCUACAGGGACACGCCCCUUUCUAAGCGCUCCAUCCUCCAGUUGGUCAGAAGGUUGGCAAAGUGGCAGGAACAGUAUGACGGAGGAGACGGGAGGACGGUGGUACACUGCCUUACCGGUGGAGGGCGUUCUGGAACGUUCUGCGCCAUCUGCAGCAUCAAUGAGAUGAUCCAGCAGCAGAACAUCGUGGAUGUUUUCCACACCGUCAAAACUCUGAGGAACAACAAGACUAAUAUGGUGGAGACCAUGGAACAGUACAAGUUCUGCUAUGAAGUGGCUCUUGAGGCGCUCAGCUCCUUCUGAUUGGCUCUGGAGGCGCUCAGCUCCUUCUGAUUGGCUCUGGGGUGAAUGUAUCAACGC